UUCGUCGUCCUUGCCCUUCAUUGUAUUGCCAGCACCUGCCAGCCGCCUAGAGGUUUCUUUACAUCACCCACCAUGACGCUUCCAGAGAUCAAGGUCUACGCCUCGCGCGAUUUCAAGCACUACCGCGUCGUCUCAUCCCCCGUCGCAGACAUCGCGGCACGCUUCUACGGGUUCAUGUCCUCGAACUCGGAGGCGGCAUCGCACGCUCGCUACGCCUACGCUACCGCGUACCAGGGCGUCGAGCCCCGCACACCCGGCGGCUUCCAGGGCUCGGAGCUCGACCACGCCGUGCAGCACAUGCUCGCGCACCCGCCGAUAAUCGUGUUCGCCCAGGGCCCGAUGCACCCCUGGGGCCUCUUCGAGGACGCGGAGCUGCAGAGUAUCAGCUCGGAGGCGACGGGGACGAGUGCCGUCCAGUUGGACCCUGUGAACUGCAUAUUCUUGCCGUGGGCGGUGCACCAGGCGCUGAAGGAGGGGAUGGAGGGCGACGACGAGCAGGACAAGGCGGUCGCGUCGUUCUUCUUGCUCGCAGGUAUCGUGCACGAGACUGCGCAUUGGAUUGCUGCAUGCCGCCAUGGGUACAAGCGUGAUCCGACGCGGGACAGGAAGAAAACGUCGCUGCUCGCGAAGCUCGACUUCACGAAGACGAAGAUCACCACCCACACGCGUCGCGACUGGGGCACUCACGCGAAAGAGCUCUUACUGGGCUGCGCCUACACCUUCAUGUCAUACGCUGACGGUACGCAUGAAGUCGUCUCGGAGCGCGUCAAGCCGGUCCUCCCGCACCUCCGGCCCGCACUCUCGCCCGAGGUGCAGACGCACUGUACCGGCUUCCCCCUUCCCGAGGUCAUCGACAUAUCCAAGUACGGCACACCGAAGGAGCACGAGGUGCCCAAAUGGCGGCCGAAGAGCGACUUCCUCGUCGUGAGCUGCAUGAGCCCCGACUUCGCCUGCCAUCAUGGCGCAUGUCGUCUACGGGAUUAGGGUCGGACAGGUCCUCUCUGGAUCUGUGGCUAGAGGUGGGAUCAGGAAGAUAUGCGGAUACGUGCGAUGAUUCGUCCCAUGGUGAUGUCGCGGAGCCCAAGCUUGUCUAGGAAGAGCGGGCCCGGUAUGUUUCCGGCGCAUGCUCAAUGUAUACCAGCAUUGUUCCCUUCUGCUCGCGUUCCUUUUCAUCUAUCAUCGACAUACGUUAUUCAUCAUAUAUGGUACAACUCGUAGAUUUGCAAAGCGGUAUGACUGAUACGAGCUCCUCUGCUUGAGGCAUGGGUUUGCAUAGUCGUUCUGAG